GGGCUUGUUUCCUGGCCCUGGACUGGUGAAGGCAGAUGUGGAUCCAUUUUCUGGUGGUGUCGUUACCGGACUAUGACGACCUGGCUCUUAAUGAUUCUUCUCCUUUUGUGCCUUCACCUGCUCAACAUGUGGAGAAUUGGUUAUGCCUUCUGUCAGUGACUUAUCCAAGCUACUCAUAUUUCUGCUGUAAAGUUCACCAUAACCUGAAAGCGGACCCAGAAGAGCUUUUUACAAAGCUGGAGAAAAUAGGAAAGGGCUCUUUCGGCGAGGUGUUCAAAGGCAUUGACAACCGGACUCAGAAAGUGGUUGCCAUAAAAAUCAUUGAUCUGGAAGAAGCUGAAGACGAGAUAGAGGACAUCCAGCAAGAAAUCACAGUGCUGAGUCAGUGCGACAGCCCAUACGUGACCAAAUAUUACGGGUCCUACCUGAAGGACACUAAAUUAUGGAUAAUAAUGGAAUAUCUCGGCGGAGGCUCCGCGCUGGACCUGCUAGAACCUGGCCCCUUAGAUGAAACGCAGAUUGCGACUAUCUUAAGAGAGAUACUGAAAGGACUGGAUUAUUUGCAUUCAGAGAAGAAAAUUCACAGAGAUAUCAAAGCUGCCAACGUCCUGCUCUCCGAGCACGGAGAGGUGAAGCUGGCCGACUUCGGGGUGGCGGGCCAGCUGACGGAUACCCAGAUCAAAAGAAACACCUUUGUGGGCACCCCUUUCUGGAUGGCGCCCGAAGUCAUCAAGCAGUCGGCCUAUGACUCCAAGGCAGACAUCUGGUCCCUGGGCAUAACGGCCAUAGAGCUCGCCAGAGGGGAGCCACCCCAUUCGGAGCUGCACCCCAUGAAGGUGUUAUUCCUCAUUCCAAAGAACAACCCCCCGACGCUGGAAGGGAACUACAGCAAGCCGCUCAAGGAGUUCGUGGAGGCCUGUCUGAACAAGGAGCCCAGCUUCAGACCCACGGCCAAGGAGCUGCUGAAGCACAAGUUCAUAAUCCGCAACGCCAAGAAGACGUCCUACCUGACGGAGCUCAUCGACAGGUAUAAGAGGUGGAAGGCCGAGCAGAGCCACGAGGACUCCAGCUCCGAGGACUCGGACACGGAGACGGACGCAGAAGGCCAGGCCUCCGGGGGCAGCGACUCUGGGGACUGGAUUUUCACCAUCCGCGAGAAGGAUCCAAAGAACCUCGAGAACGGAGCUCUCCAGCCUUCAGACCUGGAGAGAAACAAGGUGAAAGACAUCCCAAAGAGGCCUUUCUCUCAGUGCUUAUCGACAAUUAUUUCUCCUCUGUUUGCCGAGUUGAAAGAGAAGAGCCAGGCCUGCGGAGGCAAUCUGGGCUCCAUAGAGGAGCUGCGAGGGGCCAUCUACCUGGCCGAGGAGGCCUGCCCCGGCAUCUCGGACACCAUGGUGGCCCAGCUGGUGCAGCGGCUCCAGAGAUAUUCUCUAAGUGGUGGAGGAACUUCAUCCCACUGAAAUUCCUUUGCAUUUGGGGUUUUGAUUUUCCUUUUUUCUUUUCGCCUCCCGCCUUUUUAAAAGUCAACGAGAGCCUUGGCGACUCCGCUGAAGAGGCAGGGCGUGCGCGGGGCCGACCCCUGCCGGGAGCCUGGGUCCCCCCGCCCCCGCCGGCCGAGGCCAGAUGACGUCCGCAGGCCGAGUGGCCCGGGAGGCUUGGUCCCUCGAAGCGAUCGUUUUAUUAUCCUUGUUUUUAAUUUUAACCAUAGUGCACAUAUCAAGGAAAGUGUCUUUAAAAAACAAAAGCAAACCCUGAAAUGUAUAUUUGGGAUCACGAUCAGGCAACUGAAGAACCGAAACCUCAGGUACCCUGCUUUAAGGUGGCCCCCGGGAGGUGGCACGCGCUGGUGGAGCUGUACAGAUUGUAUAUAGCGUCAUUUUUACGGAGCCCUCUCGGCGUGCGUGAGGACCACGGUGUACAAACUGGCCGAGCGCUUCUGUAGAUACCGUCGGUGGAGUAAAUAUUUGACAGGCCGUGACUGGAGUCUUAUCGCCUUGCCUUUAUUACCUGUAAAUUUUGAAUCAUGUGACCAGUGAUUGGGUUUAUUUUGUAUCCGCAGGGUUUACCAUUCCUAAUAAUCAGUGUCCCCUCCGGCACACUCCUGUCUGUACCUCAGCCAUGCACAUCCCCCCCGCUCCGCAGCCCUUUCGGUACACUCAGAAGUCGGUCUCCUCCCCCUGGAUGGUACUGUUUCUUCGUGUUUUCAAUUGGAACAUAUCUCGCCUCAUGAAGCUUUAAAUUAUUGUUUCGAGGUCCCCGCCAACGACGGGCCGUCGUCCAGCGUUCUGUCCAGAGCCGUGCCCUCCCCUCCAGCCCCCCACCCCCGUCUGUCCGAACCAUUUUUUUGUCGCGCCUCGUAGUGAGAUCUGCGUGUCAUCUUGCCCACCUAAAAGUGUCUGAAAUGCUUACACGAAUAAAUUUUGUAACACACUCACUCCGCAUGCUUCCUU